AGCUGCGAGCUUGAGCGGCGCGAGGAGAUGCUAGAGGGCGCCGCGCCGCCAGCACCAUGCGCCCCCCGCCCGCGCUGGCCCUGGCCGGGCUCUGCCUGCUGGCGCUGCCCGCCGCCGCCGCCGCCGCCUCCUACUUCGGCCUGACCGGGCGGGAAGUCCUGACGCCCUUCCCAGGAUUGGGCACUGCGGCGGCCCCGGCACAGGGCGGGGCCCACCUGAAGCAGUGUGACCUGCUGAAGCUGUCCCGGCGGCAGAAGCAGCUCUGCCGGAGGGAGCCCGGCCUGGCUGAGACCCUGAGGGACGCUGCGCACCUCGGCCUGCUUGAGUGCCAGUUUCAGUUCCGGCAUGAGCGCUGGAACUGUAGCCUGGAGGGCAGGACAGGCCUGCUCAAGAGAGGCUUUAAAGAGACAGCUUUCCUGUACGCGGUGUCCUCUGCCGCCCUCACCCACACCCUGGCCCGGGCCUGCAGCGCUGGGCGCAUGGAGCGCUGCACCUGUGAUGACUCUCUGGGGCUGGAGAGCCGGCAGGCCUGGCAGUGGGGCGUGUGCGGUGACAACCUCAAGUACAGCACCAAGUUUCUGAGCAACUUCCUGGGGUCCAAGAGAGGAAACAAGGACCUGCGGGCACGGGCAGACGCCCACAACACCCACGUGGGCAUCAAGGCUGUGAAGAGUGGCCUCAGGACCACGUGUAAGUGCCAUGGCGUAUCAGGCUCCUGUGCCGUGCGCACCUGCUGGAAGCAGCUCUCCCCCUUCCGUGAGACAGGCCAGGUGCUGAAACUGCGCUAUGACUCGGCUGUCAAGGUGUCCAGCGCCACCAAUGAGGCCUUGGGCCGCCUAGAGCUGUGGGCCUCUGCCAGGCAGGGCAGCCUCACCAAAGGCCUGGCCCCGAGGUCUGGGGACCUGGUCUACAUGGAGGACUCACCCAGCUUCUGCCGGCCCAGCAAGUACUCGCCUGGCACGGCAGGUAGGGUGUGCUCCCGGGAGGCCAGCUGCAGCAGCCUGUGCUGCGGGCGGGGCUAUGACACCCAGAGCCGCCUGGUGGCCUUCUCCUGCCACUGCCAGGUGCAGUGGUGCUGCUACGUGGAGUGCCAGCAAUGUGUGCAGGAGGAGCUUGUGUACACCUGCAAGCACUAGGCCUACUGCCCAGCAAGCCAGUCUGGCACUGCCAGGACCUCCUGUGGCACCCUUCGAGCUGCCCAGCCGGCCCUCUGGGCAGGCAGUCAUCACGUGCAUGCAUAAACCGGCAUGUGUGCCACUCACCACCAUUCCUUGGCCAGCCUUUUGCCUCCCUCGAUACUCAACAAAGAGAAGCAAAGCCUCCUCCCUUAACCCAAGCAUCCCCAACCUUGUUGAGGACUUGGAGAGGAGGGCAGAGUGAGAAAGAUGUGGAGGGAAAUAAGGGAGACCAAGAGCACAGCAGGACUGAAGUUUUGGAGGGGAGAGAGGGGCUAUUCCAUCUUGCUUCCCAGGAUGAAUGGCUCGGAGCCAGCGUGUUCUUGGGAGGUGAACCGCUGGGCUAGGAAUUCCAAGGCAGUCAGUGCCAGCUGGAAGUGAAGGCGGGAGCCUGGCUGGGAUGGGCCAGUUGGGUCCUGUGGCCCUGCUCAGGUGCAGUGGGCUCCAGGUGUCACACACCUCCACCACUCCCCUGGUUUUGCUGUGCCGGAGAUGGGGAGAAAGCCGAGGUGGUGGAAGCCAUCUGUUUAGAGAAAGGAGAGCUUUCUGCGCUUGAGUGGAUCCGUGAGAUCUGUGCCCUGGAGCCCUGUGUCCUUGAUUCAGCUUUUCAAAUAUGCCUCCCCUGAGGCCUCAUUCUUGUCUUGAGAGCUGGGUUAUGCACACUCACCCAGCCAUGCUCAAAACCACCACCAGUGCAGGUAAGACAGGUUGGAGAACUGGCCACCAAGGCGGGACUCAGUGCACCUGAGGUUGAACAGGGAGACAGUGGCCCCUCCCUGUGUUCCCUGCUGGCCAAAGGAAUCUUCACUCCCAGCCCAGAGGAGGAGGGCGACAGCUUCCUGGUGCCUGGCAGUGACGUGGCGAGCUCAGUGUCUCAGCUGGCUCUUGAGUGAGCUUUGGUAACUUCCUGUGGCUGGGGCCUGCCUGGUCGGUGACACCCCCACACCAGCUGAGUUCACAAUACUGAAGACCAGCUGGCUCAUGAGCUAUGACUUGAAGUUACAUUUCUAUUCUUGUGGCUGCUCAUCUAAUUAAGGCUUUUGCCCUGGCUGGGGUUAUAGGUGCUUGAGUCCUUGCUAAGCCUGGCUCCCGGGUAGCCUCCUUCAGUUCCUAAUGGCCUCUCACUUGACCCUCACUUUGCCUCUUACUUGAGGAGGAGCCGUGACUUGGAUAAUUUCCUCAGAUCCUGUGGAUAUUUUCAGCGGCACCUGCCAAGGCCCUCUGUGAAAGGAGGAGAGACUGGUACCUCCGCACAGGCACACAUGGAUGCACAGCCCCUGGACCGGGCUGGGGGUUCCUGUUGCACACGCCUAUCUUGUUCAGGAUGAAAACCUUGCAGGAGUCCCCUUGCUGGAGGCAUUGUACUUCCCCAGAGUGGGGCCCGAUGCCACCCAGGAGGAAGUGACUUCUUUCGGGAAGCCCUGGGCCACUUUGCUGGCCCUGCCACGCCCAUCUGUCAGCUUCCUUUCUCCCUAAACCUAGAGUUGCUGACCCUUCACCAACACAGGAAAUUUCAGAAUCAGCUGAAUGCUCAGAAACCUCGCCUGUGCCAGCUCCAGGACAAAGGCCCGCUGACUGUACCCUGGCCAACUCCCUGAGACCUCCAAGGGUGAGGAGGAGCUGCCCAGUCUCCAGUGGAUCAGGGCAGUCUGCUGGAUGCUGGAAGGAUUUUUGACUGCAGAGGCUCGGCUGAGAAGCCAAACUGACCUGAGCCCCUCUCGUUAAAAUGACAUCGCUGACCCAAGCACCUGGCCCACACCUUGGCAGCAGGAGAAAAAUGGGGAGAGGGCUGGUUUUUUCCUUUCUUCCACUUCCCCACAGCAUGGAGACUUUCUCUGCCUUCCCAAUCCAUCUUGCUCCUCCAAGACCCCAACUCUGCCUGCACCCAGGCUCAGUGCUGGGCGUAAGGCAGCAGGGACCUCACUAGCAGAGCAGGGGGCCUGGGAGCAACUUGGGGACCAGAGCACCCUGAUCCACCAACACACCACCUGCAUCCUGACUUCAUGGCUGGCAGUGCCAGGGUCGCAGGAGGGCAAAGGGCAGGCUCUAAGUCAUCUAGGCAGGGGCUGGCCGCUAACAUGGACACCCCAAGUCAAUGGCACAGUGCAGGUUCUGAGGGUUCCUUGGCUUGUGGGGUCUUCUCUGUCUGUCUCUCUCCCUCUCUUCUCCUUCCUUACUCUCAUCCCUUUCUUUUCCAGUUACCUCUAAAGACCCACCUCGGCCCUCUUGGGGCCCCUGGGGACUAGAGUGACCACUGACCCCUCAUUCUACAGCUUUAAGGGAAAUGCUCACAGGGUAUUUUUGUCUACCUCAAAUAUAUAGCUUUUAGAGCAAAGGAGAAUAAUUUAUAUAGCUAAGAUAUAUGGGAAAGUAUUUAUAUUAUUUAUAUAGUUGCUAUAUUUCAUGGACAGCACAGGUGGGGUUUGUGUGGUUUCCUGGAAACCCUCUGUCAGGGGAGAUACAGCCUGACUUGAGCGGGUCCCCCACUGAGCAGGAGGCCAGGUCACCGGGAAGGAGGACAAACCUGUAUCCCAUGACUGGGUCUGUCUUGGAGCUGGUGAGCACAUGUCCCCUCUGUGAUGAGCCCUGGUGGGCUCCAUUCAGACUCUCCUUGUGACGUUUUUGUAGAUUUUCUGCUCUUUUGGGUCCAGGCCCCCUUCUUCUGCUCUGGCAAAAGUGUCUUGCUCAUAAUAAUAAUGACAACGAGAAUUCCCACACCUGGCAUUUGUAAAGCACUUUGCUAUUUAGAAACAAAAACUUUUACCCCUUUCAUCUCACUUGAUUUCUCCGUUAUCUCUGUGAGGUAGGUGGGGCCACAUUACUAUGGCCAUUUUAUAGAUGAGGCCCAGAGAUGGAGAGCUGUGCUCAAAGUCACACCGAAGAGACUUGUUCAAUGAAUAUUUAUUGAACAUCUCCAUAGACCAGGCACUACGGGCUGACCUGCUCUGAGCCCAGGAGCCCCAAAGCCUGGAUACCACUGUGAGCCCAAGAACUCAGGGAAGCAGUUCCUUCCCGGGCUGUGAUCCCGGCCUUUUGGAUCUGGAUGGCAUGUUAGCACUUUCCCCAAGUGGAGUCCCAUGUCUCAGGGGCUGAGGCUGCCUGAGAAGGCUGGAGAGACCAGGACCCCACGGAGGCCACUCCAAGGGGUCCUUCUGCUCACAUCGCCCAAGAAGGUUGGGCUACACCACCGGGCCCCUCCCAACCUACAGAUGAAUUUUGUUUGCUCUCAUUUGUGUUUUGCUUGUAAAAAUGAAUUGUUUUCCACUGGAUUUCUGGCUGCUUUUGCAAAAGUCAGCUGCACUGGCAGACUGGGCCUGCAUGUCCUCCUGCAGGCAGCUGGAACGAGGGAGUCUAAUGGACAGGAUGCCCCAGUGCCCCCCUUGCUCAUGGAUGCUCCUGCCUGCCUCUCAUGAGCACAUAGUCCUGUUCCCUGGUCUAGAUAAGACCAGCUUUCCUGGUACCCUUCAUCACCUGGCAGACAGACAGCCCCGUGCCAACCCUGGACAUUACUUGCUUUUGAACCUUUCCUUUCUCAACAACCAUGAACUUCAAAUGCUUUUUGUCUCAGGACACUUUAGAAUAACAAUGGAAGCCAUCACUUAUUGAGCGCCCCUUAUGUCCAUUUAUUCAACCAAUGAUUAUUUAGGGAUCUCUUAUUGAGCGCCAGGCAGCAUCCUGGGUGCUUGGUACAGCAAGGAACAGGACCAAGUCUCUGCCUCAUGGGGCUGACAUCCUAGUGGGUGAGAAAGACAAUAAACCAAUAAAUGACAUGCCAGUUAUUUGCA